UUUUAUUUUUUUUGGGUACAAUGACCGAUUAUAUGCAUAUAAUAUAUGCAACACUUAUUUUUUCUUUUUACCAGUUUUACAGCUCUUUCUGUUUACUAGAAAAAGUCUCUCAAUAGGCAGCAAUAAUCGGUAGGAUUACAUCAAGAUAAAUAUUUGAAGUCUUAUGAGAUGGCUGAUGGGAAUGAUAUUCGACCACUUGUUAUUGAUAUCGGAACUGGAAUGGGCAAGGCCGGUUUUGCUGGGGAUGAUUCUCCAAGGGCUAUUUUCCCAAGCAUAGUUGGUCGUCCUCGUCACACUGGCGUCAUGGUUGGGAUGGGACAAAGAGGUGCCUAUGUUGGUGAUGAAGCUAAGUCUAAAAGAGAUAUUUUGAGUCUGAAAUAUCCCAUUGAAUUUGGCAUAGUAAGCAACUGGGAUGAUAUGGAGAAAAUCUGGCAUUACACGUUCUACCAUGAGCUCCGUGUUGCUCCGGAAGAGCAUCCCGUUCUUCUGACUGAGGCACCACUUAACCACAAGGCAUAUAGAGAGAAAAUGACUCAAAUCAUGUUUGAGACAUUCAAUGUGCCAGCCAUGUAUGUUGCAAUCCAGGCUGUUCUUUCUCUGUAUGCCAAUGGUCGUACAACUGGUAUUGUGGUUGAUUCUGGUGAUGGUGUGAGCCACACUGUCCCAAUCUAUGAAGGACAUGCACUUCCCCAUGCAAUCUCACGGUUAGAUCUUGCUGGUCGUGAUAUUACAGAUUAUCUGACGAAGAUUUUUUGGGAGAGUGGUUAUAUAUUUACCUUUGCUGCUGGUAGAGAUUUUUUUCAUCAUAUGAAGAAGAAGAUUGCUUAUGUUGCAAUGGAUUUUGAACAGGAGAUUGAGAAGGCAAAAAAUUGCUCAAAAUCAGUUGAGAAGGGCUAUCAACUUCCUGAUGGAAAAUUCAUUAAUAUUGGUGCUGAGAGGUUCUGCUGUCCUGAGAUCCUCUUCCAGCCAUCAUUGGUUGGAAUGGAUGCAACAGGAAUUCAUGAAAAAACCUACAAUUCACUCUUGAGAUGCGAUGUUGAUAUUAGGAAAGAUUUAUUUUCAAACAUUGUGCUUAGUGGUGGCUCAACUAUGAUUCCAGGCAUAACAGAUCGUAUGAGCAAGGAAAUCACUGCUCUUGCUCCAAGCAGCACGAGGAUCAAGGUGAUUGCACCACCUGAGAGGAAGUAUAGCGUCUGGAUAGGAGGAUCAAUUCUAGCUUCCCUCUGUAACUUCGAGCAAGUUAGUUUCUUUUUGCUUUAUUUCACUGAUCAAUCAAUUAAUGUUAACUCUUUUAAGCCCAAUGGAGUUAAUUAGCUGCUAAUAUCUAAGUCCCAUGCAGAUGUGUAUAACAAAUAGGGAAUAUGAUGAAUUUGGUCCCUCAACUGUCCACAGGAAGUGUCUCUAGACUUGGUGAGAAUUUAAUAUCAUCUUUAGUUAAAUUCCUUCAAACGAAUGCUUCUUUUUUUCUUUUAUUUAACUCCGCCGUUGGGGUUAGGAUAUGUGUCCUAGCCUCCUUCAAAUGAAAUGAUUCAUUCUAAGUCACAAAGACCUUUUUGAAGUGAUACCACUCCUAUAAGCGGUCUUUUGCUAUUCUUGCUUGGCGAGACUUUGUUAUUUUCGUUGUAAUUUAACUGGUGGAUUGUCCGUGACUAACGCUUCUGUUCUAUUGCUUUUGGGGUUAAGGGCAGUUCUGUUCUAUUUUGUAUAUGGAAGACUUUUUAGUUGUGUUGAAUACCGAUUAGCUUUCCUUUGUUGAACAAGAAAAUAUAUCGAUAAGUGGAGGGGCAGACUCAUUACACCGAGCUCCGAAUUAUCUGAUAGCUGACCUCAAGGAUAUUGCGGUUAUCGAGAAAAUUAUACAACAAAAACAUAUCUAGUGUAAUUGAAAAAUUAUUUAAGUUAGUAUUAGUUCAGUAACUUUUCUCCUCAGCCAAUUGAAAGCUAGUGUUCUUUUUGAGAAAAAACAUUGGUUUGAAAUUCUGCAAAUUGUAUGCAUGCUCCAUCUUCCAGAUAUUCCGUUUUUGGUUCUAUAUAUUAUUGACGUCUAAAGUGUACGAAAACUGAUUUGGCUGGGCAGCAAUGUAAAUGCC